AGAAAAUGAGGAGUGGACAGUGUAUUGGACGGACAACUCGGUCUCCUUGGAGCGUGUCAUGGAAAUGAAGCGCUUUCAGAAAAUCAACCACUUCCCAGGCAUGAUCGAGAUCUGCCGUAAGGACUUGCUGGCUCGGAACCUCAACCGCAUGCUCAAGCUCUUCCCCAAGGAGUACAAGAUAUUCCCUCGCACUUGGUGCCUGCCAGCAGACUACGGAGACUUCCGGGCCUAUGGAUGUGUGAGGAAAAAGCGAGCGUUCAUCUGCAAGCCAGAGAGCGGCUGCCAAGGGAAGGGGAUCUUCAUUACCCAUAACCCCGAGGACAUCAAGCAUGGGGAGCACAUGAUCUGUCAGCAGUACGUCUCUAAGAGGCACAGUGAAACCUGGCGCUGCCCUUUCUCCUGCUGCCGAGCUGCCGAGGAGCAGCCAGCCUGGCAACACCGCUUCAUCCCACACGUGCUCCUGCCUUUCCUCUCGCAGCCUUUCCUCAUUGAUGGCUUUAAAUUUGACAUGCGCAUCUACGUGCUGGUCACGUCCUGUGACCCGCUGAGGAUUUUUGCCUACAACGAGGGGCUGGUCCGGUUUGCCACCAUGAGGUACAUUGAUCCCAGCAGCAGAAAACUGGUAAAAAAGGGAAGUUCCCAAAGAACUCACACAGCAUCUGAUGAUAUCUGCAUGCACUUGACCAAUUAUGCUAUCAACAAGCGUAACGAGAACUUCAUCCAGCAUGACACCAUGGGCAGUAAGAGGAAACUGUCCACCCUGAAUGCCUGGAUGACGGAAAACAGCUACAACACAACAAAGCUCUGGGAAGACGUGGAAGAUAUUAUCAUAAAGACUCUUAUUUCAGCUCACCCUGUUUUGAAGCACAAUUACCAAAGCUGCUUCCCGAACCAUACCUCUGGCUGUGCCUGCUUUGAGAUACUGGGGUUUGAUAUUUUGCUGGACAGAAAGUUGAAGCCGUGGCUGCUGGAGGUGAACCACUCUCCCAGCUUCAGCACGGACUCUCGCCUAGACCAGGAGGUGAAGGAUGCUCUUCUCUGUGAUACCAUCAACCUGAUAAAUGUGAAUGCCUGUAACAAAAGGAAGGUGCUGGAGGAAGACAAGCAGCGGGUAAAAGAACGGCUCCUCCAGUCUCAUCAGACUUCCCGUGUAUCCAGGCUCCCAAGCGGGGGAAGAUGCUCACACGGGCCCAGUCCCGCAGGCAGCGAGUGCCCGGGCGGUGCCGUGUCCCUUGGCAGGCGCGAGGAGCUGCAGAGCAGCCAGGAGGCCUGGCUGUGCCAGGCGCAGCAGUACGAGGACGCGCACCUCGGUGGGUACCGGCGCAUCUACCCGGCCCACGGCACCGAGCGCUACGAGCUGUUCUUCAAGCAGAGCGGCUCCCUCUUCCAGGAAACAGCAUCGUCCAAAGCGCGGGAGGAGUGCGCCAGGCAGCAACUGGAGGAAAUUCGCCUGAAAAAGGAAAAGUUUGAAGCUGCUACCAUGAAGAAGAAAACGGAGAGGAAGGAAGAGCUGCAUGGAGAGUCAGCAGGGGACAAACCCCGGACCCGCAGUACCAGCACAGCUCCUUCAGCCCGCCUCACCUCCAGAAGCAGCAGGAUAUGGGAUAGGAAGGCUCAGCACAUGCAGGUUGACUCCAUGCAACCCCAGGAUAUUGUGGAAAAUGAGGAGAAGAAAAGAGUAAAUGCUCUGCUGCAGCGCGAGAACCUUAUCCGAAGCCUGGGCAUCAUAGAGCAGCUCUCCCGCCUGCUCCCCGCAACUGAGACACCAGCCGACAUGCAGAGGUCCUGCCCCGCUCACUGCAAGAGCCAGGUAACUGAAGAUCACCCAGAUCCCUCCUGCAUGGCCAGCACAGGAGACAGCCAUUCCCAGGAGGAUGGUGGGGAUGGAUGGCAGGCAUCGAGCAUCCCUGGCUCAGUUAAAUGAGAUCCAACACAG